AUGGGCGGCCUGAACGGAGAGGCUCCGCUAGGUAUGUGGGCGCUGCGCAAGGAGGCGCGGCGCCACAUGUACGAGACCAGCACGGACCAGGUGCGUGUGCAUCGUCGCGGACUAGGGUCCUCGUCUUCGUCGAGCGUAGCCGCCAUGUGCCAGAAAUGCCUGCGGCGCGGUCACUGGACCUACGAAUGCAAGAACGGGGCCGUAUACGUGCAGCGGCCGUCGCGCUCGCAGCAGUUGCGAAACCCUAAGCUGCGCCAACCUUUUAACAAGGAGAUGCCCCCAGAACUAUUAAUACAGGAAGAGGUAAAGCUGAAGGCAGAGAAGAGCAAGAAGCUUAAGCUUCACAUAGCCAAAUCCAAGAAGAAGGAGACCAGUUCGGGAUCCCGUUCGCUAUUGCGACGUAAGCGCCGCAGUAGCGUUAGUAGCGGCAGCAGCAGCAGUGAUUCAUCGUCAUCAGAUUCGUCGGAUUCGGAUUCGGACUCGUUGGGUAGUGACAGGGUCAGCUCGACGUCAUCGUCGGAAAAUGACCGCAGUUCACGGAGCUUCAAGCGUAAACGCAGAGACUAG